AUGAGGCUAUCCCUGAGUGUCCUACUGGUCACUCUGGCUCUUUACUGCUAUGAAGCCAAUGCAAUGACCUGUCCAGCCUUAGCAACUGAUCUAACAGGCUUCCUUCUUCAAAACAAAAUCGUGUACAAGAAAACACUUCAGAAAUAUAACCCACCUCCAGAAGUUAUUGAGGCCAAGAUGAAAGUGAAGGCCUGCACAGAUAAAAUGUCCCUUGUGUCCAGAAUGCUAAUUGAGAAGACAUUGGGGGAAAUCCUGAUGAAAUGUCCAGUGAAUCUUAUAAACUAA